GGUGCUGCAGCAGCUGCCGCUGCUUCUGGGUCGCUGCGGGUAUCUGUGUCCGCGCCCACGCCAUGGUGGACGUGCUGGGUGGCCGGCGCCUGCUGACCCGGGACGGCGCGUGGGUGGAGGCCGAGGAGGCGCUGCAGAACAAGGUGGUGGCGCUGUACUUCGCCGCCAGCUGGUGCGCGCCCAGCCGCGACUUCACGCCGCUGCUCUGCCGCUUCUACGCGCAGCUGGUGGCUGAGGCGCGGCCGCCUGCUCCCUUCGCGGUGGUGUUCGUGUCGGCCGACGGCAGCGCGCGGGAGAUGCUGGAUUUCAUGCGCGAGCUGCACGGCGCCUGGCUGGCGCUGCCCUUCCACGAUCCCCUCCGGCAGGAGCUGAGGACCAGGUACCGCAUCACGGCCACCCCCAGGCUGGUGGUCGUGAAGCCGAGUGGGGAGGUCAUCACCGACAAAGGGCGGAAGCAGAUCCGGGAGCAGGGGCUGGCCUGCUUCCAGAGCUGGGUGGAGGCAGCCAGCAUCUUUCAGAAUUUCUCCGGGUGAUGCCGGGCUCUCUGGGGGUGCUUGCUGCUACAUCCUGAGCACGGGGAAGGGGGGCUGGCUGUGUCCUCCCUGCCCACAUUGGUAGGCUGCAUCCCCGCAGAGACACACCCUGCCUGGGGGGAGAGCCUCCCGAAGCCCGAGGAUCCUUGUGUUUAUCACACUUAGCAGAGCGGUCUUCACAGGAGCCUGAGCACGCUCACAUCGGGCUCUUGGAAAUCCAUGGAAAACACGUCUUUAUCCCGUUCCUCAGGUGAAACAACACAUUUCUGGGUACAUUUUCUAGAGAUCUACUUCUGUUCAUGCUGGGUUCUCACGACUCCCGUAUUACCCAAGUUU